AAAUCAACUUGUAAGUUUAUAGAUCUAUACUAAAUAAACAACUGUUCCAUAAUAUUUUUUUGUCAUGAUCCUAAAUACAGAUUUGUCAAACAAAAGCAAAACAAACAACCUUGCUUUUUUUGUGUGUUUAUGAAAGUUCCAAUAUUUUUUCUGCUUCUGGGUUGAUCUCUAAGAAGAGACGAAGUUUCUAAAUUUAGAUAUUUUCAAGAGAUAUAAUUGGGAUUGGAUAAGGUUCUAGAAAUGGAAAGUUCCAAGAACAAUAAAGUUGAGAAAAGAGGUUAUGAUGUAGUUAAUGAGGAUGAUGAUGGACAUCACCAUGUUGCUCAAUCAAAGAAACCAAAACUACCUGGUUUAGCCAGUGUAAUUGUGGAAGCUUUGAAGGUGGAUAGUCUGCAAAGACUCUGCUCAUCUUUGGAACCGCUUCUCAGAAAAAUUGUCAGUGAAGAAGUAGAGCGUGCUUUGGCAAAAUUGGACCAUGCUAAACUGGCUGAGAGGUCUUCACCACCAAGAAUAGAAGCAGCAGGGGAAAAGAAUAUGCAGCUUCAUUUCAGAACAAGAAUGCCACCUCACUUGUUCACAGGAGGGAAGGUUGAGGGAGAGCAAGGAGCAGCCAUCCAUGUUAUCUUGUUGGAUCCGAAUACGGGCAAUGUUGUUCAAGUUGGACCAGAAUCAGUUGCUAAGUUGAAUGUUGUAGUACUUGAAGGUGACUUUAAUGAGGAAGCUGAUGAAGAUUGGACAAAGGACCACUUUGAAAGCCAUGAAGUGAAGGAACGCGAGGGGAAAAGGCCACUUCUAACCGGAGAUUUGCAAGUUAGUCUAAAGGAAGGAGUAGGAACAUUAGGUGAUCUUUCUUUCACUGAUAAUUCUAGCUGGAUUAGAAGCAGAAAAUUUAGGCUUGGUGUUAAGGUCACUCCUGGUUAUUGUGAUGGAAUUCGAGUGCGCGAGGGUAAGACCGACCCCUUUGCUGUUAAAGAUCAUAGAGGAGAAUUAUACAAGAAACACUAUCCACCUGCUUUGCAUGACGAAGUUUGGAGAUUGGAUCGGAUAGCGAAGGAUGGUGCACUUCACAAAAAAUUGAUUCAAUCAAGAAUAGUAACUGUAGAAGAUUUCCUGCGUCUUCUAGUCCGCGAGCCGCAGAAAUUAAGAAGUAUACUUGGUAGUGGAAUGUCUAACAGAAUGUGGGAGAACACUGUGGAACAUGCCAAAACAUGUGUCUUGGGUAAUAAGCUUUUUGUUUACUACACUGAUGAAAGCAAUAGCACUGGCAUUGUGUUCAACAACAUAUAUGAACUGAGAGGCCUCAUUGCUGCUAACCAAUUCUUCUCUUUAGAAUCACUCACUCCAAAUCAGAAGAUGUCUGUGGAUUCCUUGGUGAAAAAAGCAUAUGAUAAUUGGGAGCAAGUCAUAGAAUAUGAUGGAAAAGUUUUAAAUUCUUUGACUAAUUCCAAAAGGGAAUCAAGAUCUGUAACCACUCAUACAAUGCAUCACAACAAUUUCCAAGAGCAGCAGUAUGCAUCUGCAAAGGGCAGGACUUCAUACGUCUCAUCCGAACUAACAAAUCAACAUUUGCGAAUAACAAAUAACUAUUCAUCAUCAUCAUCUAGUCCUGAUUAUUCAUUUGAUAAUCAGAUGGUAGGAACAUCGAUAAAUGAAUUAGAAGGAGCCAUGAAUUACAACAUGUUGUCAGGUAAUGAUAAUCAUGAAAUUGGAGGGACUAAUUAUUUUCAUGGAGGAGAGUGGUCUAGGCAGAGAAAUAAUGGACAACAAGGGUUGGAAGACAUUGUCGCGGAAGAACUUCGGCUUAGGAGUUCACAAAUGUUGGAGAAUGAUGAUAUGCAGAGGUUACUUAAGACAAUAAAUGCAGGAGUUAACAUGUCUUCUAAUGAGAGUUGUUACUCUUACAGACUUCAGUAUGAACCUCAAAUGUAUCAUUCCUUCGGCGAGGAUACUGUUAAGUGUUCAGGGAAAGCUGUUGUUGGGUGGCUUAAGCUCAAAGCAGCUUUAAGGUGGGGAAUAUUUAUCAGAAAAAAAGCUGCAGAAAGAAGAGCACAGCUUACUGAGUUGAAUUGAGUUAAAAUGCUUCAAACUGGGAAAUUUUUUAACUCAUUUUUUCAAUAAAUUCUAUUAAACAAACUUCGAGAAAUGUGAUGUAAUUCAUCUCUGCCUAUUAGCUUGUUAAUAUAUUCUAUCCUUCAAGAUCAUUCAUUAUUAAAUUGCUUACUCAAAUGCUGAGAUUCGAACUACAUAAUGUUUUCUGAUCUC